AUGGCUUGGUGGGAGAGAUGGUUUGAGCAGAGGCUGAAUCGACUAGGAUCGAGCCUGUGGAUGAGGAAGGUGGUUGUGGUUAUGAUGGAUAUUAGCGUUGGGGACUGGAAUGUAGGUGGCGGGGGAUGGGUUCCUAUGUUUUGUUUAUGGGUUAUUUUAAAAAUGGUUAUGGUCCCCAAUUUGAACGUGAUUCUUUUUAUGCGGCACGCUGCUGCAAAAUGCAGCAGCGUGCAGGUAGCAGCCCCGGGUGCUGCUGCUGGUUGCAUCAGCGCCCAGCGCUUGUUUCUUUCUGUUCUCUCUACAGCUAGUUCAUCUGCUACUACAAUAUCUGCUAAUGUCAAUUCAAUUCCCAUACUUAGUGGAACAAACUUCAAGGAUUGGAAAGAGAACAUAUUGAUUGUUCUUGGCUGCAUGGAUCUUGACCUUGCACUUCGGGUUGAGGAACCCACUCCUCUUACGGAAGAAAGUUCUCCUGAUGAAAAGAGACACUUUGAGAGGUGGGAUCGCUCAAAUCGCAUGAGUCUAAUGAUCAUUAAGAUCAGCAUUUCAGAAGCCUUUAGAGGUGUAGUAUCCGAAGGGAUAACUAAUGCCAAGGACUUUCUUGUCGAAAUUGAGAAGUGUUUUGUGAAAAAUGAUAAGGUUGAAACAAGCAUGCUUUUG